CUUGACCAAGCAGCAGGGAAUUUUGCACAUCCAUCCCUCAUAUUUUACCAUUUUACCCUACUGAUUAAAUCGCACGCAUUACAUCCUCUACCUCGGGGUGCCCGCAGGAAUAUUUCCAAACUGGACAUUUUGUGUGAGAACGUGUUCAUUCGGUGCACAUCUUCUUUUAACUGUUACUAUUUUUGCCCGGUCUGUGACAGGCUAAGCUCCUACAGUUGCGCAUGCCCAGAGAGACGCCACCGCAGAGAAUAGCAUAUAAGGACAGUUACCGAAAGUAAGCAUCAGUGAUGACAAUGCAUCUGCUCGAAUGAGGGUCUGACGUGCUCCUGUGUUUUCUUUCCAAAGGAAGCAGUGCUGCGACUGGAGAUGGCAGUUCAGAUGAUCUGAAAGCUCGAGGUUCGGAUCUGCUGUUGUGUCUUUGGCAUCGGACUGAGACCCGCUUGUCCUCUCGCCAGCCCACAUUGCAUCAGUGACUCUUGCAAUGUCUUGUGGCAGUCGAGACAGCCGCUUGCAGAGAGAUGAUGACAGCAGGCAACGGAAAUUUCUUUCCUACGUCUUUUACCAAGCCGUCAGGGACCACAAACCGGUGUGGAUGUUGGAGGAUAUGCGCACAAUGGAGACAUUUUAUUGGGAAGAGAACAUCAGUCAGAGAACAUACUCGCCAUCUGAGGCUCUGCUCUACGCCGUGGUCCAUGACCAUCAAGCCUACGCACAGUACUUGUUAAGCCACUAUUCGGAAAAAGCACUCGAGAUGCCAGGCGAGCGCAUCUGCUGCUGCCCUUCGUCUGCCCCGCACCUGGCGAUGGCCGUGCGAUACGACCGCCGUGACAUUAUCAGCCUUAUCCUGCAGGUGGCGCAUCGAUUACCCAGCCUUCGCUCCUACAUGAACCGCAGAGGCUGUUUCCAUCUGGAGGACGGCAAGACACCCCUCCACGUCGCCUGCGAGCUUUUGCGUUCGGAAGCCGUUCUACUGCUGCUGGGCAGCGGCGCCUCUCCGCAAGCCGAGGACCACAAGGGCAUGACGCCGCUGGACGUCAUCUUGGAGCAGCUCGGGGAGUCCAAGGUCAACGUGUUGCCCAAAAAGCUCUGCCUGGACCACCUACUUAUGUUUAUGCCCAAAGUGCACUUUAAAAUGAAAUCCACGUUACUGGCGGACUCCAACAGCUGGAAAAAGGUACUCGGGGAGGACACCUUUAACUACCUCGUCGGGAGGAGCCCGGCUCCUUUGUUUCUGAUUGCCAUGCAUACAAUUCUUCAGCAGCUUCCUCCUUCUCAGUUUCCACAAAGUCUACAGGAGCUGCCAAUUCCUACUCAGUUUAAAUCAUUGCUGACGCCCUUUAAAAGGUGCACCAAUCUGGACGUGGUCUAGGCUCGCGAUGUCCUUCCGGACUCCUUUGGAACAGGUGCAGCCGAAUGAAUCGUCUUUGUUUAUUUUUUAAAUAAUGCUAGCUGAAGCAUGGUGUCCGAUUGACCUAUUUAUUCAUUUUUUUGACGCGCACACACACGAUCCCCAGUAAAGCGGGUUAUAAUUCAAUGACUGCCCGCCUGCUUUCAUUAUCGGAUGUGCGAUGCAUUUUGUCUGCGUAUAACGGAACACUCACACGCUAAUGCAUAAUAGAUGUGCAUUGAACUGCUAAAGGCUUUUAACAGGAGAUGUCAUAAAUCAUGCCAGGAAUUGUGAGACUCUUGUUAAAGAAAUGUUACAGAAAAUCAGAUAUGCUCGAUGGUGAUUGUAUACAAUCUGACCUUUGCACGAUCGCCUAAUAUUCUUUGGAGACAUAGAUGAAUCUGUAUUAUCUGCUCUAAGCAAUAAUUUAGAGCUGCAUGUCAAGUCAAAUAAUUUGAAUUUAGCUGUACGAUGUAUAAAUAAAACAUUGCAAUUCACAUAACAAAUAUCAAAUCAUUAAAUAUGCUCUUAAGCAUAUAAAUAUGUACAUUCUAAUUUGGGUAUUCUCAGUUAUUUAGAAACCUGAGUUGGAUUAAGGACAACAUAAAUUAUGCAUUUUUAAAAAAUAAAUGCCCUUAAACUUA